UCUCCCUUCCUCGUAGGAAAUAAACAAAAGCCAAAUCAAUAAUAUUCCCACCAAACCACCAUAAACCAGCUCUUCACAGCCCCUCGUGCACGCUCCCUGUCUCUCAAACGUACUUGCCUGGGAGUUCUCCAAUGUUUUUGCUGAAAAGCAUAAACUAGUUCAACAACAUGAUCCCAGCAUGUUUCAGCAAUCCCAGCACGCUCUCAAGUGCCUCUCAAGUGCCUCAAAAUCUCAUAUCAUGUAUCUACCAGACUCAGCUCGGCAACUCACCAACCUAUCUCACACUCGCUUGGUCAAAAACCCUCUUCUCUCACUCCCUAACCAUCUACGCAGCUGAUUCUUUCUCCAUCACCAUCUCUUUGUACCCAUCAGCCUUUUCUCUCUUUAGAAACAAACCAGGCUCCAAAUCCAUCUACUUGACCCACCACCAUUAUAAAAAAAUCAAGCUUUACUGGGACUUCACUAGAGCUGAAUUCACUCACAACUCGGCGGAGCCGGAAUCUCGCUUCUACAUUGCCAUUUCUUGCAAUGCAAGAUUGGAAUUCUUGCUAGGUGAUCUGUGCCCUGAGUUGACUAGGAGGUCCGGGCUGGUCAUAGCUCGCCAACUGGGUGAACCGGCUCUGUUGUCUCGGAGGGAGCAUGUGUUUGGGCUCAGGAGUUAUGUGUCCAGGGCUAAUUUCUUGGGGUCCAAGCAUGAAAUUGAAAUAGAGUGCGGUGGGGGUGUGCUUGUAGUAAAAGUUGAUGGUGAAAUUAGUCUUGUUAUCAAGAGGUUGGCUUGGAAAUUUAGAGGCAAUGAAAGAAUUCAAGUUGGCGGGCUAGAAGUUGAAUUCUUUUGGGAUGUGUUCAAUUGGGUCAACAACAACAACAAUUGUAACAAUUACAACAGUCUUGGCAGUGCUGCCAAAGGUCAUGGUGUGUUUAUUUUUCAAGUUGGUGAUGGUGGAGUGUGGCCUGAAAUGGUUGGUCCAGAGAAUAGAUUGAUCAGGAAGAGCAUGUCCAUGGCGGGGCCAACAUCGACUCCGCGGCCAAUGUCCUUGUCAUCGCCUUCUCCGUCGUGCUCUAGUGUGUUGCAAUGGGCUGAGGAGAGUGGUGAUUGUGGGAGAAGCUCAUGCUCUUCAUCCACUACCAGGUCAUGUGGGAGCAAUAGUGGAGGGUUCUCUUUGCUGUUGUAUGCUUGGAGGAAGGAUUGAAGCCUGAAAAUGUGGAUUCUUCAACGAGCUUUCAAAUUUGUGGAUCAUUGAUACCUUUUUAUUUGAUAAAGUGUUUGGAUUUUGAAAAUGCUUCAAAUUAAUACAUGUUGUGUUUGCUGGUUUUUUAAAGAAGGGAGGAACAGGCACAAAUCGGAGCUCAAAAAGGUCAUGCAAUGACCUUGGCAUGAAAGCUUCCAGUUGAUGGCAAUCAUUAUCCCCAGCAGAAAUCAUCUUUCACUGCAAGACUUUCUUCUUUCAAACCUGUUCUUAAGUGGCAAAGACACCAUGUUCAAAAGCCCCUAAUAUUGAUCAGUAGCCCCACACGGCCAGAAACUGAAAAGCAGAGAGAAACAUCGCUACCAUGCGCGCACGCACCUCCACCAGCACCUAGGAUUCUCAGAUACUUGCGUCAAACAAGACUGAGAAGGUUGGUUCCUUUUUAUUUUUUUAUCAGUGUUAAAACACUGCCUGCGCGAAAACACGAGUAGCUCUCAUUACUAGUUGAUGCACUGCUCCUGCAUCAUUACAAUAGUUUUCCUUUUGUCCUUUUCUAA